AUGGAGUCUUAUCUCGAGGAAACCUCCUACACUUUCUUCCCCAGCGUCGACGGCAGCAUGGGAUACACCUUUGACUCCCAGUUCAUUCCUUACCCUUCUGGGGAUAGCCUCGACAGCUUCCUGUAUCCUUUCUCAUUCCAAACAUGCCAGCAACCAAUGCCAAUGAUGGCCACCAGCCCAACGCUUUCGGACUUCACGUUCAACACCGCCUACGCCACGCCCUCUCCUCCCCCGGAUUUCUCGCCUGUCCCCAGCGAGCAAUUCGAGUUCGCCCCAUCACCCAGCAGCGUGACCACAUCACCAAGCUCACCUCCCAAAGAGUCAGAGGUCGACAGCUGGGGUCCUUCGGAUCUCCAUCAGAUGGGCUACCUCGAUGUCGCCGGAAACUGGCGUUGCCGGUACGCCGGGUGCUGCUCGUCGCGCGUCUUUCUUAGAGCCUGUGAUCUGCGAAAGCAUUUCCGGGGCCACGCAAAGUACUUCUUCUGCACCGAGAAGCGUUGCCAGCAAGCAGGCGUCGGCUUCGCGACUCGCAAGGACUUCCAGCGACAUAUGGGGUCUCAUAAGCCCGCAGUCCGGUGUCUCCACCCCGAUUGCGACAGAAUCUUCAGUCGCAAGGACAAUAUGGGAACAUUACAAAAAGAUUCACCAACGGUUAAGAAACAACUUGUUUCCUCGGCGAUGCCGCAAGACCACGCAGAGCGAGCCUCAGCAGGCCGUUUCUCCGGCAUCGACCUGCUCAAGCUGCACGAUGGAUUCUUGAACUGA